UGAUUUUCAGUUGGCUGACUGUUAAUAAAUCUGUCGAACUGUUGUUACGAUUACGAAACAGUGCUUCAUUUGCAAAAGAAUAUUUACAUAAGAACUAGCAAAAAUGCCUGAGCUUCAAGGGACAUCUUUGCAAUCUCUGAAGAAACACAAAGCUUUGAUUCCCCUCUACGUUUGUGUUGGAGCAGGUUGUUUGGGGGCGCUCUUCUACAGUUUGAGAUUGGCCACUCGCAAUCCCGAUGUUCAAUGGAACAGGACUGGAGAAAUUUCGAAUGAAGAAUUCAGGACCAAGCAAUACAAGUUCUAUUCGCCGCGAGUGGACUACAGCAAAUUGGAAAGCCCAGCCCCAAAAUAUUGAAAAGCUUUAAUGAAGUGUGAUUUAGUUGAUAGUUAGAUAUUGUAGAGUUGUGAUAUUGUUAGUAUGAAAUAGAGAGGUUAAUACAUUGCCCACUUAAACACAA